CCCACCCACCCAACCAUAACCGCCGAAGCAAUAGACUACCCGGCCCUAGGCGCCAACACAUCCGAAUACGCCGCCUCAGUAACAACCGGAACAGCAGCAGUCAUCAAACGGCUUUCUACAUUCAACGCCCUGUGUCCAGAGACAAUACUCAUCCUCCAUGGGUUCAGCCAGGGAGGGCAGAUCAUAGAUGAUGCGCUUUGCGGGGUGCCUCAUGAUUUUACUGGACGAGGAAAACCUGAUGAAGAUGGGGGACGGGUUGGGAGGCCUUUGGUCAGGAGGGAGGUGCAGAGGAAUAUUGCGGCGGUGGUGUUGAUGGGGAGUCCGAGGUUUACUGGUGGGAAAAGGAGGGGGGAGAAGGGGACGGCGAAGGUGGGAGGAUUUGCUGCCCGACCGGAGGGGUUCAGCUGUCCGGUGUUUGAUGAUAGGAUGGUGAGUUUUUGUGAUGAGGGGGAUCCGUUUUGUUCGGAUGGGGAGGAUGAGGAGGUUCAUGGGGGGUAUGGGGAAGUUUAUGGGGGGGAGGCGUUGGGGUUUGUGGUUGAGAGGGUGCUGGUUGGGUGA